UUUAAGUUCAGCAUCUUCUUGUAUCCCACAUUAACAUCUGUAUAAGCUGUAUAAUAUCACAGUAAUUGCAAUAAUCAACCGUGCAGUAGUAGUAAUAAUUGUGUAUUAGCCUCCAGUGAGAGCAGUAUGAGUAAGGAACUGUCUCUGAGUCAGUCAGCUCAAUAUGUUGGGCCCUACCGGCUGGAAAAGACUCUGGGAAAGGGGCAGACAGGGCUGGUCAAACUGGGGGUCCAUUGCAUUACGGGUCAGAAGGUAGCGAUCAAAAUAGUCAACAGAGAGAAGCUGUCUGAGUCAGUGCUGAUGAAGGUUGAGAGGGAGAUUGCCAUUCUGAAACUGAUCGAGCAUCCGCAUGUGUUGAAGCUGCAUGAUGUUUACGAGAAUAACAAAUACCUGUACCUGGUGUUGGAGCAUGUGUCCGGAGGAGAGCUGUUCGACUACCUGGUGAAGAAGGGCCGGCUAACUCCAAAAGAGGCCAGGAAGUUCUUCAGGCAGAUCAUCUCUGCCUUGGAUUUCUGCCACAGUCAUUCCAUCUGUCACAGAGACUUGAAGCCUGAAAACUUGCUCCUGGAUGAAAAGAACAAUAUUCGUAUUGCUGACUUUGGAAUGGCCUCCCUGCAGGUGGGAGACAGUCUGUUAGAAACCAGCUGUGGAUCUCCACAUUAUGCUUGCCCUGAAGUCAUACGGGGAGAGAAAUAUGACGGGCGGAGAGCAGAUGUGUGGAGUUGCGGGGUCAUCCUGUUUGCCCUACUGGUGGGUGCCCUGCCUUUUGACCAUGACAAUUUACGCCAGCUCCUGGAAAAGGUAAAGAGUGGAGUGUUCCACAUGCCCCACUUCAUCCCACCGGACUGCCAGUCCCUGCUCAAGGGCAUGAUCGAGGUCAACCCUGAAAAGAGGCUCACGUUAGAGGCCAUCCAGAAACACGCCUGGUAUCUGGGUGGUCGUAAUGAGCCGUGCCCCGAGCAGCCUCCUCCCAGGAGAGUGUGCGUGAGGCGAAUCCUGUCCCUGACCGAGCUGGAUCCAGAUGUGUUGGACAGCAUGCACUCGCUGGGGUGUUUCAGAGACCGGGUCAAACUCACGCGCGAUUUGCAAUGUGAAGAGGAAAACCAGGAGAAGAUGAUCUACUAUCUGUUGCUGGACAGGAAAGAGCGCUACCCCAGCUAUGAGGACGAGGACUUGCCUCCGCGCAAUGACGUAGAUCCUCCCCGAAAACGUGUUGACUCUCCGAUGCUGACGCGCCACGGCCGCUGCCGCCCUGAGAGGAAGAGUCUGGAGGUUCUGAGUGUCACUGAGCAGGGGUCUCCCACCCCGCCUCGCAGGGCCCUGGACACAGCUGCACACAGCCAGAGGUCUCGCUCAGUGAGCGGAGCAUCCACUGGUCUCUCCUCCAGCCCACUCAGCAGCCCCAGGUCCUAUCAGAGCCCCGUCUUCACUUUCAGCCAAUCAGACGUCACCUCCGCCACCGCUUCCCCCCUCACAAAGGAGUCCAAACAGGGGAGCGCCACCACUCCUCGCGCAGCGCGGGCUCACGACAAGCCCAAAGCCCCCCCUAACCCCAAGACCCAGACCCUGCCCAGCAAGGGACCCGCCGACCGACCCCACCUGCAGCCCAUCAAAUCCCUGCCUUUGCACAACCCAUCCUCUCGCUCGCCCUCCCCUUCCCCGCUCCUGUCACCCAUCCCCCGUUUCUUCUUCCCUUCGUCCUCUGUCCUGAAGUCAGUGACUAAGAGCUUCUACCCAAACUCUGCCCACUCUGUGCCGCAGGUCACCCCCCAGGGCUCUCCGUUGCCCACACCCCUGGGCACCCCUGUCCACCACCCUCACCACCCCUCCUCCACCCCGCCCUCCUCUUCCUCGUCCUCGUCCUCGUCCCGGGCGGAGGGAGGGGGAGGGGUGGGCUCGCUGUCGCUGACGCCACCCUCCAGCCCAGGAGGGGGCAGCGGCAUGGCGGCCAGCAGCUCUGCCCACUGGAGGACCCGGCUCAAUUCUUUUAAGAAUAACCUGCUGGGCUCGCCUCGGUUCCACCGGCGCAAAUUGCAAGUUCCUACAUCAGAAGAUAUGUCCAGUCUAACACCAGAAUCCAGCCCUGAGUUGGCUAAGAAGUCGUGGUUUGGGAACUUCAUCGGCUUGGAGAAGGAGGAGCAGAUCUUUGUGGUGAUCAGAGACAAACCCCUGAGUUCUGUCAAAGCUGACAUUGUCCACGCUUUCCUGUCUAUCCCGUCUCUCAGUCACAGCGUCCUCUCCCAGACCAGCUUCCGGGCCGAGUACAAGUCCUCCGGCGGCCCCUCCGUCUUCCAGAAGCCCGUCAAGUUUCAGGUGGACAUUGCCUUUUCCGAGGGCGAGAGGGAACGGGACAGGGAGAGGACGGAGAGGGAAGGGAGGAGGGAGACCGGAAUCUACAGCGUGACAUUCACUCUCAUAUCAGGUCCGAGUCGCAGGUUCAGACGAGUGGUGGAAACGAUUCAAGCUCAGCUCCUCAGCUCCCAUGAUCAGCCGCUGGUGCAAGCCCUAUCUGAUCCCUUCCCAGACGAGAAGAACGGCCGACCCCACGGGACCCCCACCCGCCAAAACUCGCGGCGCUCUGAGGGUGGGGGCGACAGGUGCGAGUGGGGCGACCGAGCGGACGGCGGAGGCAUCGGAGGCAGCGGGGGAGUCCUGCAGCGCAGAGGCUCGGCGAAAGAGAGAACCCGGCUGCUCUCCUCCAACGGAACCCAGUCCCAACCGUAGGAUAGAAGGCGAGGCCACACAGCAGGAUGCCUGAAAGAAGACAGUGUAACUUCAUCUCCAAGUAUCCCUGCAAGCCAUGAGCUACUCCUAUUCUUCCUUGACUACGUUACUGAGGUGCUUGACCAUAGCAAGGAUUGAACCUUUUCUCCCAUCAUGCAGUUGUUUUUUUUUUUUUUUUUUUUUUUUUUUUUCUUUUUACAACUCAACAUUCUCCUGAUUUUUUUGGGGGGAUCUCCUGGAUUCUUACCCUUAAAUGAGAAAGAAGUGUUAAGUAGCCACCCUUUAAAGAGAAAAAAAAAAGAAAAAAAUCAUCUGAAUGAGCAGUCUGGCGUCCUACAUAGAUACAGCUUCACAGAUCAAACUAGGAAUUUUGAAGUGCUAAUGUGCAUGCCAGUUAGAAACUCAGCCUGCUAAAGGAUGCCGACAUGACCAGUUAGGCUAGUCUAUCAUAUCAUCGUAAUACAGUAUUUGACACCAAAAAAGAAGCAACAGUCUUGUGAUAUUCCUCAAGAUUUCUUUUUAAAAUUCAACCCCGUGCGUUCAUAUCACCCUCAAGCAACAUGCAAUGACCGGUCCGUCACGAAAUAGAUACCAAUGCAUCUCAGCAGAAGAACCCUAAAGCGUUAGCAGCAUG